CCCUGGUCUUAAAUAAAACAUUUCAUUAGAGACAGAAUUGUGUGUCAUACAUAGCAACAAAGCCUGUAAAUAAUACCUACAUACAGAUCACUAUCUGUUCCUGAAUUAGCCCUACUUUCUGUUAAUGUUUCAGCAGAAGGCAGUUCACCCACAGAUAACCCACAUUUGUCCAGGUUGUAUAAUAUAACAGUGUUGUUUGUAUUAAGCAAGCAAAACAGUGAAGUCUUAAGUUCAACCUGUGCCCUUCAUUCAGAGCUUUAGCCUUUUUCGUCCGACCGAGAUGGGUGUCGUUUUAGGAUUAUAUGUCGUGGGGAUUAUAUUUACAACCAUUCUUGUACUUCUUUUGGCAUCCACAACAUUUCAUCCAUUUAAAAGUUACUUGCAAAAAUGGAACGAAAUGAGACCGAUUCCAGAAAUGCAAGGUGCUUUCCCAAUCAUUGGCAACGCGCUGCAGUUUAAAACCAAUGCAGGGGAAUUUUUCAACCAGAUAAUUGUGGGCACAAAUGAAUACAGACACCUUCCACUAACAAAGGUUUGGGUGGGUCCAGUGCCCUUUCUGAUCUUAUAUCAUGCAGAGAAUAUUGAGGUUGUCCUCAAUAAUUCCAGACACAUUGACAAGUCAUUUGCAUAUAGGUUUCUUCAUCCUUGGCUUGGCACAGGCCUCCUUACCAGCACAGGUGAGAAAUGGCGUAACCGACGUAAAAUGCUGACUCCAACCUUUCACUUUUCCAUUCUCACCGACUUCCUGGAAGUGAUGAAUGAGCAGACUGAUAUUUUGAUACAGAAGAUGGAGAAGCAUGCAGAUGGUGAGCCAUUUAACUGCUUCAGCUACAUAACAUUAUGUGCUCUGGACAUCAUAUGUGAAACUGCAAUGGGGAAGAAAAUCUUUGCACAAAGUAAUGCUGACUCUGAGUAUGUGCAAAGUGUCUAUAAAAUGAGUGACAUCAUCACCAAGAGACAGAGAGCACCAUGGUUGUGGCCAGACUGGAUCUACAGUAUGUUAGAAGAAGGCAAAGAACAUUCCAGGAGACUGAAGAUUUUACACUCCUUUACUGCAAGCGUUAUUAAGGAGAGAGCAAAGUUCAUGAGCUCUGAGUGUGACAGUGAUGCUGACCAGGGGCAGAGGAAGAGACAAGCCUUUCUGGAUAUGCUGUUGAAAACUACUGAUGAGAAUGGAAAGAAUCUGAGUCAUGAGGAUAUUCAGGAAGAAGUGGACACUUUCAUGUUUGAGGGUCAUGACACCACAGCAGCAUCGAUGAACUGGGCCUUACAUCUGAUUGGCUCUCAUCCUGAAGUCCAGAAGGCAGUACAGACAGAGCUACAGGAAGUGUUUGGUUCAUCAGAGCGCCACGUGGGGGUUGAGGACCUGAAAAAGCUGCGCUACCUGGACUACGUCAUCAAGGAGAGUCUGCGUCUGUUCCCCGCUGUGCCGCUGUUUGCACGCAGCAUCUGUGAACCCUGUCACAUCCAUGGGUUCAAAGUCCCAAAAGGCGUGAAUGCUGUUAUAAUACCAUAUGCUCUUCACCGGGACCCGCGUUACUUUCCAGAACCUGAGGAAUUCAGACCGGAAAGAUUCCUGCCAGAGAACAGCAAAGGGAGACAUCCAUAUGCGUACAUCCCUUUUUCUGCAGGACCAAGAAACUGCAUUGGUCAACGCUUCGCUAUGAUGGAGGAGAAGGUGGUUCUUGCAACCGUCUUACGUCACUAUGAGGUACAUUCGUGUCAGAGCCGUGAAGAACUGAGACCGCUGGGGGAGCUCAUUCUGCGUCCUGAGAAGGGUAUUUGGAUUAAACUACAAAAACGAACCAAAUGACUCUCACCGUCAAAGUAGAAAGCUCACGCCACUUCAGUUUUUGUAUUACAUUUACAUUUAGACAUUUUGCACACGGUUUUGUGAUUCUAAAAGAUGCUUCCUGUCUAGGGAGAGAGGGAGAAACAGUUUAGAUGAAAUCUAUAAAACUGUCAGGGAUAUAUUUGAAUGUGGUAAAAUGGUGUAAAAGAAGAAUUAUGAAUUUAGCCAAAAAUGUUUUACAAACAAACAGAGACAAUAGACGCUUAUGAAAGUCAGACACUUUAUUCUUGAUUUGACUAGAAAUUAUUACUCAUUUUUAAAUAAAAUAAUGAUAAAUAUUUACAGUUUAGUGGUCAUUAUAUGAAAUGGAGUCAAACGACAUAAUUGAUGACAUCACAUAACAUAAAAUGCACAUGUAAAGUUUAGAAAUAUUAUAUAAAUGUAAAAACUGUUUGUUUUCCUGAAGGCAGACCAUUUAAUAUUUGAUUAACACUUUGGGUUGUCCCAGACUAAAAUGAAUGUUUUUAAAUGAACAUAUAUUAAUGCCAUUGCUUUGUCUCAAGAUGCACACCAGUAAUGUUUUUUUUUAUGUAAGGUAUAUUUCUAUAGACUAUAAUAUAGAUUAUUAUGUUGUUAUAGUUCAGCAGUAACAACAUUAAAGGCGCGCUAUGCAUUUUCGGAGUUUUUGUCAAACAGCGACCCCUAGAAUCGCUGGAGAAUACUUGCAACUGUCGUAAUUUCCCACCCCCACUCUGUACACCUCCGAAGAUAAUGACCAGGUAAUGUUUCACAAUUUCAUACAAAUAUUAGGCUACUGCAUAGUCUACUAAACUACUGAUGAUGGGAAUAGGAUAAUAAGAAGUUUAUUCCAAGUGUAAAGUAGGCCUAUAAUAAUAAAGUAGCCUACUGCGUUUGCUGGCUUAUAACGUUUUUACAUGAUUGCAGCUAAAUCACAAGUAAACACAGUCUAUGUCUACUUUAUCAUUUCAUUUGUGUAUUUUUAUUGUAAUGUAAACAUUUCAAAAUGCCAUGACAAAGUUAA